AAAUUUCCCGAAUCAAGAAAACUUGGCCCUGGAAAAAACAGAUUUCGAGCUGCUUUGACUAGCGCCAUGCCGUUUCACCGAACACGUAUUACCGGCAACAGCUUCCAAACAACUACUCCUACAUCAGCUAGCUAUUCUGCCUAUAAAUUGGGCCGCCCCCCACGUACCACUCACCAAGGCACCCAGACGAGAUGAAGAUCUCCAUGGCAGCAGCCGCUCCCCUCCUCCUGGCCCUCGCAGCCACGGCCGGCGCGGUCACGUUCGACGUGACGAACGAGGCGGCGAGCACGGCCGGCGGUCAGCGAUUCGACCGGGAGUACGGCGCCGCCUACGCCAAGCAAGUGCUCUCCGAUGCUUCCUCGUUCACCUGGGGCAUCUUCAACCAGCCGGACCCCUCCGACCGCAGGCCCGCCGAUGGCGACACCGUGACCCUCGCCGUCCGCGACACGGACGGCAUCGCCUCCACCAGCGGCAGCACCAUCCAGCUCAGCGCCCGCUCCGUUGGCGGUAUUACCGGCGACAACCUCAAGGAGCAGGUGGACGGGGUGCUGUACCACGAGGUGGCGCACGUGUGGCAGUGGGGGCUGCAGGAGUACGGCGCGCACUCGGGGAUCUUUGAGGGUAUCGCGGACUACGUGCGGCUCAAGGCCGGGUACGUAGCGGCGAACUGGGUGAAGGAGGGGGGCGGCGACCGGUGGGAUCAGGGGUACGACGUGACGGCCAGGUUCCUGGACUACUGCGACUCGCUCAAGGCCGGGUUCGUGGCGGAGAUGAACGGCAAGCUCAAGGACGGCUACAGCGACGACUACUUCGUGCAGAUACUGGGGAAGAGCGUGGACCAGCUGUGGAACGACUACAAGGCCAAGUACCCCCAGCCCCAGGGCUGAUCCGGUCUACGUCUACGUAGUACGUACUGAUACAGCAUACUUGUAUUACUAUACAGUUGAUGUACUGCCUGAAUGGAAUAAAUCAACGUUGGCACAGUGUGUUUGUUAACGAACUGUGGAGCCAAAUGGUGUCAGAGAGAAGAGUUCAUGUAUAUGUUGCAGGGAAAAUAUCAGGUGAUACGGGAGCUUAGGUCCUCCCAUGAUACGAGCUACCACGAGCUGUUGGAUCUGAGAUCCAAGGGUUUAAAGCCUUGGAUUCCUGA